AUGUUUUGGGUACUACUCCUACUCUCCGCUUUAUCUACUGAAGUCUUCACAAGGUACACUCUUUUAGAUCAAAAUUACUAUGACUUGGACAAUGUAAAGGAUAUAUUCGAAGAGUUUAUUAUUAAAUAUAACAAGGAAUAUGAUGACGAUGAAUAUGAACAUCGUUUAGACGUUUUUAAAGACAGUUUGCGGAAAAUCAAUGAAUGGAACGAGAAAAAUCCAGGAACGUAUGGCUUGAACGAGUUCUCAGACCUCACGAAUGAGGAAUUUUCACAAAUAUAUUUGGGGUUUAAUGGAAAUUUUAGUAGUGAACCCAUACAUCUGGAAAUAGAUGAAGUAGGCAGAUCUGGACCACCAGAAUACUUGGAUUGGCGCGACUACGGUGUAGUUACUCCGGUCAAGGAUCAACAGACUUGCGGUUCUUGUUACGUUUUCAGUGCUGUUGCUCACAUCGAAAGUCAAUUCGCGUUGAAGCAUGGUCCCAAUACCCAGAUACUUCUCUCCGAACAACAGGCACUCGAUUGUGAUGAAUUAGAUGAUGGGUGUCAUGGAGGACUACCAGGAAACGUUAUCAUUUCUUUGGCGUCGCACGGGGGUUUAAUGCCAGAACAAUGGUAUAAAUACGUAAGCGAAAAAUUAAAUUGCAAACUGAAUACGAAAAAUAUAAUUGUUAAAGUUAAAGGCAUCAGCUUCGAAGGAUUGCUUAGUGAAGAGAUGCUGAAAUACGCAGUGGCCACUUAUGGACCUUUGUCAAUUGCUCUGCAUGUCACAGAAGAAUUCCGAUAUGUUAAAAGCAGUAAGGUUUUUACGCCUCAUUAUGACAACUCUACCGGAGGCCAUGCAGUUUUACUAGUGGGAUAUGGAACAGAGAAUGAUGAAGAUUAUUGGAUUAUCAAGAAUUCCUGGAGUAGUCGUUGGGGUGACAGAGGAUACGUGCGCUUGAGGCGAGGCAUCGGUGCCUACGAUAUUGGCCACUAUGUCGUUAUGGCGGACAUAGAAUAA